UUGACAGCUAGGGUUCAGAAAUUUGCCGGAGAAUAAGGAUUGAAUAUACAUUUCUAGGAUCUAGUUUGCUUUUGUCCCAAAAGUACUCCAGGUCUCAACCACGCCAUAUCACAAUUGAAGAUGAGUAGCGUAAAGAAAUUCAGAGAUGAGAUGCUCACUGCCCAUAACCUGUACAGGAAAAAGCACCAUUCUCCAUCAAUGAAGCUGAAUGAUGAUCUCUGUAAACAUGCACAGAAAUAUGCUGAUUAUUUGGGCAAACAGAACAAAUUUGAACACAGUUCAGAUGCAUUCAAAGGACAACCAGUUGGGGAGAACCUGGCGAUGAAAUGGUCUUCUGGGAACGAAGAAUAUUCAGGUAUUGAUGCAACUGAUCAGUGGUAUAGUGAAAUCUCAAAAUAUGACUUCAAAACAACCCAGAGGCCACCACAAGGAACAGGUCAUUUCACUCAAGUUGUGUGGAGGUCAUCCGUCGAACUCGGAGUUGGAAGAGCCAGAACAAAGGAUGGUAAAUGGAUAGCUGUUGCUAACUACGCACCAGCUGGUAACUAUAUUGGACAAUUUGCUGAAAAUGUUCUUCCGCUAGACGGCUCUGCUCCACCUUAUGUGCCAAAAUCAUCAUCCGGGUCUUCGUCCGGAAGGCCGUCUGCAAACGGGAAUGACCCAAGCAUGUCAGGCACUACUACGAAGAAUACUCAGGUUAAAAUAGAAGGGGGACCUGGAGGCUAUAAGAAGAUCAUAACUGAGACGGUCACCAAGCCCACUGGUGAGAAGUCCGUUACAACACGUACAAUCACAGCUGCCACGAGGGAGGAGCUCGAUAAAAUCGAUGACAACUUACCAGCAGCCAUGGGAGGGGUAUCCCUAAAUUCCACCGCCCCACCAGCAAAGAAACCACAAAGCAUGAAGGAUUUUAUCGACGAUGUCGUAAAAUCACACAAUAGCUAUAGAAAGAAGCAUGGAGUUUCGUCACUCAAGCACAACAAGUCAAUGAGUGAGCAUGCGCAGAACUGGGCUGAGCAUUUGAUAGCAUCAGAUACAUUCCAGCACAACCAAGGAACAUUUAAAGGCGAAAAACUAGGAGAGAAUAUCGGAAAUAAAUGGUCGUCAUACGGCGCAGAUUACACAGGCGAGGAGGUGACCAAACAAUGGUAUGACGAGGAGCCAAAGUUUACAUAUGGUGCCGAACCUUCUGUCCUCAGUGCAGGACACUUUUCACAGGUGAUAUGGAAGGGAAGCAAGGAGAUCGGAGUUGGUAAAGCAAAGUCGGACAGUGGCAAAGUUAUUGUCGUUUGUAAUUAUAAACCUGCUGGCAAUAUGGCUGGUUCAUUUAGCGCUAAUUGUCCACCCCCAAAGAAAUAGAUACCAGUAUUAUAAAAGUGCAGUGUGCAUUAGCCUGCUUUAAUAGUAAGAGAGACAUGAACAAGUUCACCUCGCAUUUAAGGUAAAAAUACGUGACAAUAUGCAGAUAUAUCGGGCAAUACAGCGCCCCCUGUUCACGUAAACAGUACAUGGCACGCAACGUGUAAAGGAGGAUAUAUAAAAUAAUGUACAUUGAUAGAUGGCGUAAUAGGCGUCGCUCCCAGCUGCGCAGUGGAGUUUUUCCUGCAUUCCUUAGUUUCUAAAUAAGACUUUUAAAUUGAUCUCUGCGCUUCCAUAUCAUGAAACGUCUCCACUUGCAACAUCAGUCAGAUCAGUUCAUCAACAGAACAUGUAUUGAUUAUAAUCUGUAUCUGUUUUAUUUCAUUCACAAUAUAUGUAACAUGUAUUACAUCUUUUUACAUCAUGGUCAAUUUGGCAAACAUAUUGUCUUACGUAAACAACAUCAUUUUUCACAUUUAUAUCUAGCUACGGGAUUAUAUAAUAUUGUGGCGACAACUUUGUUCAGAAUGCAUUCUACAGAUAUAUUAAUAUCAAGAUAAAUUUUAUUAAUUAUUAUACAAAAA